ACGAGUUCUUGGAAGUCGUGAUCGUUCACAGCAACCCACUCGCACCGUCUUUUUCGUGGCAGGGCUGGGGCCGGGACCGCUGCCCGCCCGGAGCGCUCCCCUCGCUGCAUCAGCAAUUCUGCAGGGUCGGCGAAAGGCAUUGGCUUUUCUCGUGGAGUCGCUCGGAGUCACUGGCCUCUGCAACAGACUGCCCAAGAGGCACGGCCUUCCCUGCGACACCAGAAUAACUGUCCUCACUGCCUACUUGCAUCCGUUGCGCCUUCUCCGACGGCUCUCCCAGUGCACUCACCACCAUCCUGCACAUCAUCACCUCAGCCUGACCGGUGGAUCAGCCUGCGACCCUAUAAUAAAAUCCAAAAAAAUCCCCCGAUACCCUCCGACUUCACCCAUUCGAAGACCCAUAUGCCGCCAACUCGCCCGGCCCGCUUGCCUAAGCUUAGCAUCUCUGCAACUCCCGCUGCCUCGUGUCGCGCGACCCAGACUACAAUUGCACCUUUUGUCUCGACUCGCAACACCUCUGCACAUCCUCUUCCUCCUCAUUCAACUCCCUCUCUCCCUCCUGCGUCGUCCAAGAGCAGCAUCUCCAAGCCUCGCCGUUGCUCGAAUAAGCUUUCCGACGCCGGGUACCCCAGACGAGCUUUCACCACCUCUCCCGCAAAUACGGCCACAGUCGCAGCAGCUGCCAUGACUUCCGCAAAGAACGGCUUUGCUCCUCAAGCAAACAUCAAGCAAGCUGCCGUGCACCACCACCACCCAGAGAGGAGGAUUGUUCCAGCACCUGCCGACUAUGACACCACACACUCCAAGGAGACCCGCAAAUACCUGAGAACAUACGGCCUGACUCCUCCGGCUGUCGAGUCAUUUGAGAACCAAGCCAAGCGAUGCCUUGCUGUCCUCGAAUCAAGAAAGACACCCAUUGAGAAGUAUCAAUACCUCUCCGUGCUCCGAAACACCAACGUCAACCUCUUCUACCGUCUAUUCGCACACAACGUCAAGGAGCUGACUCCUCUCAUCUACACACCCACUGUGGGAGAGGCAUGCCAAAGAUGGUCGGAACUAUACACACAACCAGAGGGUCUCUACCUCUCAUGGGAGGACAAGGGACACCUACACUCUGUCAUUCAAAACUGGCCACACGAUGUCGAAAUCACCGUCGUCACUGAUGGCUCACGUAUCCUCGGUCUUGGAGACCUUGGAAUCAACGGCAUGGGCAUUCCAGUCGGCAAGCUCUCCCUGUACACUGCCUGCGCCGGUAUCCACCCACUCCGAACCCUCCCACUCUGCCUCGAUCUCGGAACCAGCAACGAGCAAUUCCGAAACGAUCCCCUAUAUCUCGGCAGCCGACGUGACAAGGUCACCGCAGAGGAAGAGAAGGAAUUCUUGGACGAGAUGAUGGCUGCUCUCACUGAGCGAUGGCCAUCAAUCGUGAUUCAGUUCGAGGACUUCAAGAACCCAUUCCCAUCUCUCGAGCGAUACCAGGAUACAUACACCAUGUUCAACGACGACAUUCAGGGUACUGGAGCCGUCAUUACUGGUGGCUUCAUCAACGCCGUGAAGCAAUCCGGUGUCCACCCCGCAGAGCAGCGUGCUGUCUUCCUCGGAGCUGGAAGUGCAGGUGUCGGUGUUGCCAAGCAGCUUACAGAGUUCUUCAUGAAGGAGGGUCUGAGCGAAGAGGAGGCCAAGAAGCGAUUCUGGCUCGUGGAUUCACAAGGUCUGGUCACUCUCGACCGACCUGGCCGACCCCUGGCUGAGCACAAGAUCUACUUUGCUCGUGACGACAACGAUGGCCAACAAUUCCAAACUCUGGAAGAGGUCAUCGAAUACGUCAAGCCAACCAUCCUCAUGGGUCUCUCCACAAUCGGCGGUGCCUUCACACCUCAAAUCCUGACCAGAAUGGCCGAGCUCAACGACCGUCCAGUGAUCUUCCCUCUCUCCAACCCAUCCAGCAAGUCUGAGUGCACAUUCGAGGACGCCAUCAAGUACACCAAGGGUCGUUGCCUGUUCGCCUCGGGAUCUCCUUUCCCAACACUCACAUACGAGGGCAAGGAGCUCACACCCGGCCAAGGCAACAACAUGUACGUCUUCCCAGGUAUCGGCCUCGGAGCAAUCCUCAGCAAAGCUGUCAACGUCACCCAAAACAUGAUCUACGCCUCCGCCGAAUCCCUCUCCACAUCCCUCACCGAAUCAGAAGUCGCCGACAACUGGCUCUACCCGGACAUCCGUCGCAUUCGCGAAGUCUCCGUCGUCGUGACACGAGGCGUCAUCCGCGCCGCACAAAAAGACGGCAUGGACCGAGAGCUCGCUUUGAGGAAUCUCAAUGACGAGGAUCUCGAUGAUUACAUUCGCGCGAGAAUGUAUGACCCUUUUAAGGAGCAUGAGAAGGUUGGAGAUGAGAUCAAGGAGUUGGUUAAUGGUGCGUAGAAACUGGUUCGAAUGUCUGCUUUCGAUGUGACGAUUCUUGUCUGUCGAUCGUAUGGGACAGAACUCUUCAGGAGGGUCGAUGAACCAUUCAUACUAAUUCGUUUUCUUCUGGCAUUAGGUGAUAGAGCGAGGCUGUGAAUCAAAUGAAGCCCACAGCGACAGUUGUGGUGAAAGUGCCCCGGGUUUGAGGGCUUGAGAACAACAUCUGGAAGUCACUUUCCUUGCUUCCUUGCUUUACUGGAUUGCAGGAUGUGUUUAUCAGUCUGAUUUUUUGUUUUACUCUUGUCCCUUGCAUGGAUUGGCGUUUCUAUCCAAUGCUUUGAAGCGAUACCCAAUCUAUGAUGUGCCAUGCGAACAAAUGGCUUUUGGAAAGUUGCAAAUUGCGAGGUAGAUGUAAGUAGUCAUGAAUGGGUUUAGGAAAGUGACCUCUGAUGUUCGUGAUGUGCUAGGCCUUCUCAAUGUUUCACUGUCGUAUUCUUUCCUGUUGCGUCGUAGUCUCGCCGGAGGCGAUGGAGGGACGGGGGGAGGAAAGAGGAAGGAGAGAUACUGAUCAAAGGCUUGGCGGGAACUCUUAUUUUGGACUUCACGUCUUGGAAUUUGCAGCGUCUGUUCAUUACGACAGUGUCCAGCGUUGUCCAUAUUUAAGACCCUUGUUGCAGCAGAACCUCUAGCUGUUGGGUGAACUAGAAUCGAACUGACG